AUCCGCCAGUCUCAGCAGGGUAACAAUCCAACUACAAGUCGGCCGAGGAUGUUGACCAGGAGAUUGCCCGUCUGCAGAAGCAGGUCGACACUGGCAUGAUGAAGCUGGUAGACGAGAAGAAGGCCCUGGCCGAGAUCAGUGCACUUAACAAGGCCAAGAAGAACUUCUCCGGCUUCGACAGCCAGCAAAAGAAGAUUGACGACAUCAAGGCCCAGAUCGCUGAGCAGAAGAAGCUCCUGGACGACCCUGAGAACAAGGCCCUCAGCGACAAGUACACCAAGCUCCAGACCGAGCUGGAUGGCCUGAAGGCUGAGCAGGACGAGGCUUUCAAGAACUUGAGGUCGCUUCGCGAGGAGACAGACAAGGCGCGCGCAGUGCAGCAGGAGAAGUACCAGGCCCGCAAGGAGCUCAAGGACAAUUACUUCCAGCAGCUACGCGCAUUCAAGGACUACGAGUUCCAGGCCCGUAAGAUUCGCAACGAGAAGAGACGUCUGGAACAGAUUCAGUAUGUUGCCAGCAAGCGUAAGGAGACGGCCGCCAAGCGUCUCGAGGAAGCCAGCGCACCUGCGUACGGCGACGAGAUCAUUGCCUGCGAGGGCCUGAUCCGCCACUUCGACCCCUCCGCGCUCCCACCCAAGGAGACUACCGCCGCUAGCAAGUUCGCCGCUUCCGCCCAGCGCACCGUCGAUGACUCGGGCCUCAAGGGAACCCGUAUAUCGAAAAAGGACACUGAGGAGGAGAGCUACUUUGCCGGUACCGGCGGAAAGAAGGGCAAGAAGGGAAAGAAGGGCGGCGCUGCUGCUGCUCCCGGCAAGUUCAACCUCAACAUCGGUAUCAUUGAGGAGUUGGCCAAGGUCGGUGUCGACCCCCCUUCAAACCAGGAGGAAGUCCCUGCCACCGUCGAGAAGCUCCAGGCUAAGCUCAAGCACUGGAAAGAGGACCAGGACCGCAAGACCAAGGAGAACAUCGCCAAGGCACAAAAGGAGAUCGACCGCCUCGAGGCAGAGGAGGCCGAAGAAGACGCCGCGAACGGCAGCACAGACGCUGCCCGCAAGCCCGCGCAGAAGAACCAAGCUGUCAACGGUAGCGCUUCCGCCGAGGCCGAGCACGACCAGGAGAAGGACGCCGCGGCAGACGCUGCCGACGACCUCAAGAAGGCGUCGAUUGAGGACAAGGAGACAGCUGCCGACGCAUAGAGCGUGCAAUGUCACAACUUGUCACUAGAGGUGUUAGCCUCUCGGAACUUGGGUCAUAUAUCCGGGAUAUUUGCUCUUGCAUAUUCUAGGAUCUAGCCCACAUCUUCAUUUCUAGCUUGGAAUCGGUAUAUUCUCCGCUAUUGUUCACGGGAUACCAGCAUGGCAUGGCAUUGGACGGGGUCACGGAGUGGGGUAUGAAGGAC